CAUGACAUUUGAGGUUGUUGGAGAACCUAAUGUGUCCUUGACUAGACUCGAACAGUCUUGAAUAUUUCCGUCUUCCCGCGUUAAUUACAUGUAUGACUGGCAGGAGUCGUGGCAUUGUAGAGAAGAAGAUUUAGGAUGAAGUAAAAAUGGACAGAGAUCUUGCGACUCGCAAACGAAAGAAAAGUAUUGAGGAUGUUGCCAGGAAUGCAAAGAAACCAUUGAAAAAUGGAUCAGGGUCAGAUGAAGAAGAUGAAGAGCUCUUUUCUUGGGAAGAAUAUUUAAAAAAGUGUCAUGCGAAGGCUGUUCCUAAAGAAACAUUUAAACAUGUACAAGACACAAAAGUCCAAGGGUUUGUUCCUGGUAUGAAGUUGGAAUCCAUGGAUCGUACGUCACUAGAGGCUGAUACCUACUGGGUAGCAACAGUCGUCACGGUGUCUGGACCACUGCUACUGUUGCGUUAUGAUGGCUAUGAUGACGAUCGCAGUGGGGACUUCUGGUGUGAUGCGGCAUCUGAUGAUCUUCAACCUGUUGGGUGGUGUGCUGGGAAUAAUCGUAUACUCAUUCCACCAGCAGCCAUCAGGCACAAGGAGCCAAACUGGGCGAAGUUUCUAAAGCAAGAUCUGGAAGGGGCUGUCCGUGCACCAGCUCAUUUGUUCCACAGGAGAACAAAUCCUGAUGAUGAAAAUCAGCUGAAGCCAGGAUUGAAGUUAGAAGUGCUGUACAAGAAUGAUCCACUGAGUUACUGGGUGGCUUCGGUGGUAGAUUCCUAUGGCUUGAGGCUCAGGUUACGAUUAGAAGGGUCGGAAGAUGAAGCGGAUGAUGUUUGGGUUUACUUCCUGUCUGAUACUGUUCACCAACUUGGUUGGGGAAAGAAAAACAAGUUCAGGCUCAACAUUCCUCCAGAUCUAAGGGCAAAAUAUCCAUCAAAAGACUGGGCACAAAUCAGAGGAAGGCUGCUUGGUAUUUGCAAUAUGACUUCUAAUGAUGUGUCACUCAACGAGGCGCUAAACAAGUCUGACAGCUUGCCAAGGCCUCAUGGGUUUACAUCGGGUUUGAAACUAGAAGCUGUGAAUCCCAGUGACCCCUCCUCCAUCUGUGCUGCUACAGUGACCAAAAUUCCAAGCGAGUUCUUCUUCCAGGUGGAGAUUGACAGCAUGAUCACUUGCAGUGACAGCACGCGACCUUCCAUGUGGUGCACGUCUAAAUCUAGGAAUAUUUUCCCGGUAGGGUGGUGUGCACAGAACAACAUUCAACUUACCCCACCCCCAGGAUACCUGGUUCAUCCCUUCAACUGGCAGACAUACCUUGAACAUACAAACUCAACAGCAGCUGCAGAAUCAUUGUUUACUUUGGAAGUUCCAUCUCAUGCGUUUGACAUCGGAAUGAAGCUUGAAGCGGUGGACCAAACAGAUCCUAGUACCAUAACAGUAGCUUCGGUCUCACAAGUGGUCGGACGCACCAUGUGGGUGUUACUGGAGGGAUACAAAAACGAUUCUGUGGAACAUAUUUACGAUGUGGAGUCAUUGGAUCUCUUCCCAGUUGGAUGGUGUAGUAUGAACGGGCAUCCGCUUGUAACGCCGCGUGUACAGCGUCCUCCUGAAGAAAACAGACGUCUUGCUUCUCUAAGGACAAGACAAAGAGAAAGUAACAAAAAAGCGACGGAUACAAGCACAGCCAACAUCACCAAUAUCUCAACAACCAGAACUUAUGAAACUAGUACUGCAAAUUCUCCAACUACACCUGUGAAUUCUGUAAACGUUGCACCUGUCACAGAUGUAAACAACGGGACAAACGUGACCCAGCGUGACACAAAUCACUUGCAGAACGCCAACGUGACAUCCAUAGACACUGAACAAGAUGUCAAAAUGGCGUCCAAUUCUCACGCGGUCAAAACAGAAUCUAGUUCUCUCGAAGAAGUGAACACAGAGAUGCAGGAGAAAAAGUCACCUGCGUCUUCCAAGGGUAAAUAUGAUUUGCGGCCCUCGACACUCGUCCCGCGGGAUUACGGUGAAGGGGACGAGGAGGAGAGUGCUGAAAAGAAAAAAGUUGAAGCUGUGAUUGAUCUGACGGAAGACGACGAGGUCGAGGUGGACGCAGAGGAGAGUAAACCUGUUGUAACCAAACCAGGUGUACCUUCGAAGGAUGAUUCAGACAUUAAAAAGCAAACUCUCUCUGUGCGAGAAUCUCAUCAGUUUGAAUAAAGUCGCACUGUGUGCGCACUGUGAUCCUCAGAAAGCUCCUCUUUCUCCACCCACAUCAUCUCUCCGCAAAAAUAACGAAUCGCCGACAACACCAAGUAUAGCAACCUCACCCUUGAACGAAUCACCAUCCCCAAUAAGAAAAGCCGCCCCCAAAGUAGAAAGCAAUCCGGCGGUUUAUCCCGCAGGUCAUCCCGCAGGUCAUCCCGCAGGUCAUCCCGCAAGUUAUCCCGCAAAGUCCCUUCCUGUUUUAAAGUUAGCUCUCCCAAAAGCAAAGAAUGUUCCCAAAGCUGCUCCUGUAGUAAAGAAUAUCUCUCCAGAGUCCCCCAGACCCGAACCCUCGGGAUCACCAAGUAUUUCGGGUUCGCCUUCAUCAAAACAUGUAUCGCAAUGGAGCGUGAAAGAGGUCGUGGAUUUUAUACGAACAACUGACUGUUUUAAGUUUGCGGACGAGUUUCAGAGACAGGAAAUCGACGGACGAGCUUUAACGUUACUAUCCUUGGACGAGAUCCACAAGUGUCUUGGAGUUACUCUUGGACCCGCCAUCAAGCUUCACUUUACUGUACAGAAACUGAACAAGAAACCUCGAUGACACAAGCUGUUACAUCUCUUCCCAACUGCGCAUGCUUUGAUUUGGGCUUUUAGUCCUGCGCAUGCCGGACGGUGCCCGAGGGUCCCUUUAUCGUGUGUAUUUUAUGAAGCUCGAUUUAUCCGAAUCUACGCGUUUCAACUGCAAAUCGUCUUUUUAACCGGUUGUUCCUUCAAGCUUUUUAGUCUUCAAACUCAUCGAUAACUUUCUUAUCGCUUUCUAGCCGGGUUUGAAGUAAGAGUUGCUUAUUUGCCUCUGCAUUGCGUCCCUUAGUUCAGGAACUGUUUCUUAUUGGGAAAAUUCUUCACUACAAAGAAAUCUGAUCUGGUACAGUGAAUUCUGGGAACGUUCUUUGAACCCGCCAUUAACUUCCUAAAUUUUGAAGACAGCGGUCUUCAUUAUUAAGUCUACAAAUCUCUUACUCUUGGUUACUGUUUACGAAGACCUGUUUUACCAGCGCUAAUUUUUUAGAAGUGUGGUAAUUAUGGGAUUAAAUAUUGGAGUGUGAAAUCACCACAAGUCGUCUGACUGCAUCUGUCAACUGACUGGACGUUAGCUCAGAGCCCAGAGUCAUGUCGAUUUUAUGUCAGCGGUGUACUUACCAGUCAACAAGCUAAUGGAUAUAUCUCGUACCCGUUUUUUGAUUUCAAGAUUUCGAAGUGUCUUGCUUUUAGAUGUCAGUCAAGAUCAUGCGAAGAGACGAAGCUUAACGAAAGUAGUAGUACUGUGAGGGGGGGGGAUGGGGAGCUAGGGAUCUUUGAAGAUUAAAAUUGCGCGAAGAAAACUGAUACACAGCAAACGUGCUAACCCCUCAACUGAACUUCCAAACCAUCACCCCUCCUAAAAAAUAAGUUAAAAAAUGGAGGAAAUGAAAAAGAGCUUGCAUCAAAAAAAGUUCCUAUUUAGUGAAUUUUAAACAUAACAUUUUGACUUGAGGACUCCCUAGCCUCUCCACCCCCCCCCCUCCCUUUAUAUUCUUGCAUGGUCCGUUUCUCAAACAGUGGUAAUGCGGGUUAGAGUGUAUGUAAGUGUCAUGCACAGUAUUAUGAUAUCAUCGAAACCUUUCGCCUGUUCUUGUAUCUUUAAUUUGAUCUUCAGUUAAACAAAUUUUUUCUUUGUGGCCUAAGUAAUAUCCUUUUUGUUGUUUUGUUUUGGUUUAGUUUUGUUUUUAUCGAAGCCUCCGUGCAUUUCAGCAGUCCUCAUUCUAAAUGUUGCAGCCAUGAGUAAGUUGUAAUUUCCUAAUCGUUAUUUUUACACAUUCUUCGCCUCUUCUAUGUCUUGCGCAAAAGGUUUCCAUGAUACCUAUCCUAAUCAAAACAUCCUCAACGACAGAAAGCUUCCAGUUUUCUCCAAUUCUUAAGACAAAUGCAUACAUACCAAUCAAUAAACAAAUUUUUUUAGUUAAA